GUCACACUGCUUGCCGUGUCACGACUGUUUGCCAUCCCUGGCUUACAAUAGCAACCAAUCCGAUGAUUGGCUUGUUCCAAUCGACGAAACGAACGGAAGACACAAACUAAAUCUAAAAGCAAAACCAACGGCUAGAUGCCAGCAACAAAAUGCGCAGCGCGAAAACACAGGCGGCGUGUUAAAUAAAUUAAACACACAUAAAUUAUACAUAUAUUUUUUUCGGUGAGUGCGGUGUGGUUUAGUGCGGUGAGGUGAGGCAAGGCAAGGCAUAGUAGCGGAGGAGAGCGAAAGAGGAAGAGGAGUUUAGUCGAAGAGGAGCGAAGUGUCGGAGCAGGGGGAAAAAGUAAAAGUGGCGGUGUCUAUACGUGUGUGUGUUGUGUUUGUGUGUGCCGAAAAGAAGUUGCAGAAAACAUUACGCAAAAUAAAAAAAGAGAAAAGAAAUAACCACAACACAAUAUAAGAUAUAUUGUGCAAACAACAAAGAAGAGGAGAGGUGGAAGAGGAGUAGUGGCUAUUAGGAGCCCCCCACCAUUUGAAGUAGCAGCAGUGAGUGCAAGCGAGAAGGAACGACCGGCGCAAUGAGCAUCGUUGGCGAGAACCACCCCCUCCCAGCACCACCCUCUGCUAACACAGUGGUGUCUGCAUCGUCGGCCGGAGGAGGCGGUGGGGGCGUCUUGGGCGUGGGCAUGGGAGUAGGCGUGACCACAGCAAAUGGACCCCGUGUCGUCACCAUUUACAAAACGGAAACGGGAUUCGGAUUCAAUGUGCGCGGUCAAGUUUCCGAAGGGGGCCAACUGCGCUCGAUCAAUGGGGAGCUAUAUGCCCCCCUUCAGCACGUUAGCGCCGUCCUUGAAAAUGGAGCAGCCGAGAAGGCGGGGAUCAAAAAAGGCGAUCGCAUCCUGGAAGUAAAUGGCGUCAGCGUGGAGGGAGCCACACAUAAACAGGUCGUGGAUCUCAUCAAAUCCGGUGGGGAUUGCCUAACUCUCACGGUGAUAUCGGUGACACAACAGGAGGCCGAUCGUCUGGAGCCGCAGGAGGAUCAAAGCGGCUACUCCUAUAUUGAUUACUCGGACAAGCGAUCGCUACCAAUCAGCAUACCUGACUAUGGGAUUGUGAAUCGAAAUGGAGAGCGGUAUAUCGUCUUCAAUAUACAUAUGGCUGGAAGGCAGCUUUGUUCGCGUCGGUAUCGGGAGUUUGCCAACCUGCACUCUUUGCUGCGCAAGGAGUUCUCUGGCUUUAGCUUCCCCAAGCUGCCCGGCAAGUGGCCCUUCCAGCUGAGCGAACAGCAGUUGGACACGCGACGACGCGGACUGGAACAGUAUCUGGAGAAGGUGUGCGCAGUGCGAGUGAUUGCCGAAAGUGAUGCUGUUCAGGAUUUCCUCACCGACACCGAGGACGAUAUAUCUGCCUCACCAGUGGACAUUAAGGUGAUGCUGCCCGAUCAUGAAGUGAGCACUGUAUCGGUGAAGAAGUCCUCCAAUGCCCAGGUGGUGUGGGAGAUUUUAGUGCAGCGCGCCAAUCUCACCGCCUAUACGCAGCAGUAUUUCUACCUUUUUGAGAUCGUCGAGUAUAACUUUGAACGGAAGCUGCAGCCGCAUGAGAUUCCACAUCAGUUGUAUGUGCAGAACUAUAGCACCGCCUCAUCCACCUGCCUAUGCGUCCGUCGCUGGCUCUUUUCGGUGGCCAAGGAGCUAACGCUGCCGGAUGGCGAACAGGCUGGCCGGUUUAUCUUCUAUCAGGCGGUCGAUGAGGUUAAUCGCGGUAAUAUCCGGGCCGAGGGACGACUGUACGAGCUGAAGGCUCUCCAGGAUGCCAAGAAGGCGGGCGACUAUCUAGCAUUGGCCCGCACACUGCCAGGAUACGGAGACGUGGUCUUUCCUCACUGCUCUUGUGAUAGUCGCAAAGAGGGACACGUGGUGCCCGCUGUUGGCAUGAAAAGCUUUCGGCUACACGCCUGCCGUGAGGAUGGCUCGCUGGAGGCGCAAAUGGUCGAGCUAACCUGGGACAGCAUCACACGCUCCGAGAGCGACGAGGAGUCCAUGUCAUUCUGCUUUCAGUACAAUCGUCCAGAUAAGCCAGCACGUUGGGUCAAAGUCUACACGCCAUAUCAUGCAUUCCUUGCGGACUGCUUUGAUCGCAUCAUGGAGGAGCGGAAGUGGGACGACAGCGGCGACUAGGGAAGGCGGAAGGCGCUGCAGUUGGAGCAGGAACAGGAGCAGGCACAGGAGCAGGAGCAGGAGCCAGUGGAGCAGAAGGAGCAGGGGCGGCGUCGACGGCAGGAAGCACAGCUUAAACAACC